AAGGACUUCAUCUAUGUAUAAAAAGAAGAGCCGCCUGGAUAUUUUGUAUUUCCAAGAUAAAUCAACAAACAGCAUAUGUAUUCAACACAAAUUUUUCUAGCAGAAGACAUUUUAACCGACAUUGACGUCGUGCGUAAAUCUAUAAAAACUCAAACAACGCUUAUAAUGCAAAUGUUGGAAAAAGUGAAUACUGUAUUAUUGCAAAUUGAAGGGACUAAAAUAUCAAAGGCUGCAGCGGAGACCAAAAACUGCGCCCUUUAUAUCUACAAUGAAAAAGCCGUUAUCUCUUUAAAAAAAAUGAUCGAAAACACUUCAAAAUUUUUGAAUAUAUUUGAUUAUCCGGUCAUCGAUAUACAAAAAAAUUUCCACUCAUGUGAACAAUACGUUGAAUUCAUAAGCAUGAAUAUUAGAAAGCUCCUGGUUUUCGUCGAUACAUUACAUCAAAUCCAUGCAACGAAACUCGACCAAGAUAACGAAGAUGAGGAGGGAUUUGAAAUUUGAGGAAAAGCAGAGAGACUCUCUUUGAUUUUUUUCUACCUACAGUGUUUAUUUUUGUUUUUCUAUUCCAAAAAGAAAUAAUAUUGAAUUUUGUAAAAGAGUUAAUUGAAUCCAGCCAAAAUAAUGGCUUUUUGUAGACAUCUUGAAAUACUGAGAUGGGAGGUGUUAAAGUGUACCGUAAUAGGACUGAGUGGCGUUUGCAUUAUCAAUUUAUUUACACACAAUAUACAAUUCAUAAGGCCUUCAAAGGCCAAUUUAAGCUUAUUGUAGUGAAGAAUAGUGUACGCAAUGACAAUGAAGUAAGUAUCAGUCAAAUUCAUAAUUUAAAGUAGAUUAGAUUUAAGUUCAUAAACAACAUUACAUAGCAGAUUCAGGAGAUUUGAGUAUUACACACACCUUGUAACAAGUUGUAGCUUACAAUACCUAAGCUAACAAUAUUCAUAAAUUUGCAAAUUACAGAUUUAAAAUUUACAAAUUAAAAGAUGGCUGCCCAGCCAUAAAUUGAGAAUUGAAUUAAGCAAAAACAGCAAUAUUAAGGACAUGUGCUCAGGUAGUAGCAAUAAAAUCAUAACCGUAAACAAACAACCACGCCGCCCACUAAGCUGCUAUCGACAGUAUUGAUCGACAUAAAUGAGCACAGUGGGAUGCUAACUCCUACUAAAAACUAAUCCACCCGGAAGGCAUUACUAGAGUGAGGAGAUAUACGUACAUCAAAUGGGCAGGUCAAGAAAUUCCAAUAGCGCGGAACUCGAACAAGAAAAGACCGGUCAAAACAGAUACGUCUAACUAAAGCAAUAAUAAUCUGUUGAUUGCUGGUAUAGCAUGAAAAUGAAAACGUAGAACAAAGAUUGAGCAUUUGACCAUACUUAAUUACAAUUAAAAAUGAACAAUAGACUGCAACCUGCAGUAAACUGCCCAAACGUAUAUCCAAAGAACCUUUUAAUAUAUUCCGAGAUAUGAGCGCUUCUGCGAACACUGUAGACAUAGCGUACAGAAUUAAAAAUACAAUUUAGCCUGCAAAAACAUAGGUUGUGGUACCAGAUACUACUUUCAGGCCAUACAGAAUAUUAGGCUUAUUACAGUCUGCUCUACAUACCAGAAAGAUAUCAUCCGCUCAGGAAGAUCAUUAAUACACAUUAGAAAAAGUAGAGGGCCUAGUCCGAAUCUUCGGGUACACCAAGGUAUAAGGGACGAAUUCUCGAGGAAUUUCCAUUUAUGCCCACAAAUUAAGAUCUUCCCGUUCAGUAAGAGUGAACAAGCUCACAAGCGGAUUUCGAAAAUCUAAAAAGUCCCGUCAACUUUUUAGCAAGUAUUCAGUGGUUAACGGAAUCGAAAGCUUUUGAUAAAUCCACUAGAGUGCACUACAGCCAGUACUAGCGACGUUAAAAAACCUUCAUUGAUGUCACAUCUGAUUGAAUCAUUUAUGAUCAAUAGUAGGCUGAUGGUACUGCGCCCACAACGGCCCGUAAAUUGGGAAACUGAAGUCAGACCUUGAACAGUCUUUGUUAAUAUGUUCUGAGUCUGAGAAUAUGUUCAACCACUUUGGGUAGCACUGGGAAAAUAGAAAUAGAUCUCAAAUCACCUAAGGCAUUCCUUAUUUUGAUUUUAGAAAUGGAAAUAAUACCCGCAGUCAAUAAGUUGUUCCGACUUGGUUAUGCAUGCACAUGAAAAAACCCAUAUGUUUUCCUGGACGUAGAAAGGCCGGAAUUCUCAGAUAUAUCAGCGUGUACAGUAUCAACAUUGAGAUUACAUAGAAGGUCGCCCACCUUAUAGUAACCACAAUUCUUCAAUACUCUCCACUUAGGUGAAGGGCCAAUUCCAGAAAAUAAGUUGAUAAAAUUUCUUCUCCUUUCCUUCCGAUUGGUAUUCUUAGCUUUAUUUGGAUAACGACAUUAUACUGUACAGUUAUCCUCAGCUCCAGAGGACCGAAAAGUCGAAUAAGGCAAGCCCCUCAGCAAUAUUGCAUGUCUCAUACCCCUUGCUUUUAUCUAAUCUUCAAUAGCAUUU